CAGUGGAAUGGGCUAAAUUACAUCAGCUCGUCAGCGAUUGGAGGAAACACAGGAGAUGCAACAGCGCCACCAAGCGGCGUUUGACUGUGAUGAUGAACCAGAAGGAUCCUUUUCAAAAGCAGCGGAGACUCUGGUGUGACGGGAGCGCUUAUUGUCCUCAGCGGGAAUGAUUAUAAAAAGUUAAGUUGUUUAGAAAGUCAUUUGGUAAACCAACUGUAAACUUUCUCUGGAGUAUAACUUUGUACUUUUUUUCGGAUGGACUUUGGGAUCUGAACCAACCUGCGAAAGAAAAGUGUCGUCAUGAUUUUCAACUGCUUUGUUGCUGCGUUCAUUUUAUACUUCACAGCUGGCUCUGGGACCACAGCGUACGACGGCUACAAUGACUUUGUAGAAGAAGACAACGCUCCUCAGCUAGACUACAAAGACCCACAAUGGUGUCAUUCUCCGGGUUUGACCAAUGGGGAGGUGACCUGCCACUCUCCUCGCGGCGCGGCCUACAGGAGCACGCUGGGCACCCGCUGCGAGAUGAGCUGCGACCGAGGAUACCGACUGCUGGGGAAGAGCUCAAUUCACUGCCUCGCCAACAGACGCUGGUCUGGCACUGCUUACUGCCGCAAGAUGCGUUGCCAUGUGCUGCACCUCAUUCCACACGGCAGCUACACCUGCAGCCAAGGCUUCAUGGUGGACUCCAGGUGCGACUUCACCUGCGACACCGGCUACCGCAUCGAGGGGGAACACUCACGCACCUGUCAGCGCAGCAGCUCGUGGAGCGGAACGCAGCCAAUUUGUGACGAUACUGAUCCCCCAAAGAUCAAGUGUCCUCCGUCCAGACUCAAGGUCGCCGAGCCUGGAAAACUCACCGCGAUGGUGACCUGGGACCUCCCCGCUGCUACAGACACUGCUGAUAAAUCACUCAACGUGAUUUUGGUCGGCCAGGAGCCAGGCACCGACUUUAAAGAGGGAGCCAACAUUAUCCGAUACAAAGUGUACGACCAAGCCAGAAACAAAGCGGCCUGCAAGUUCAUUGUACGUGUUGAGGUGAGAAGAUGUCCAGAUCUACCUCCACCUCUGCACGGCUACCUCACAUGCUCCUCUGAUGGGAGUAACUAUGGUGCAACAUGUGAAUACCACUGUGACGGAGGAUAUGAACGGAGGGGCGCGUCUAGUCGUGUCUGCCAGUUCAACCGCAGCUGGGCAGGAGCCCCCGCCGAGUGCGUUGCAAUGGAGAUUAAAUCCGACGUGAAGACAGUCUCCGCUCUCCUGGACCAGUUCCAUGAAAAGAGGAGGCUGCUGAUCAUGUCUGCGCCCAACAUAUCUGACCCGGACUACCAGCUGCAGAACAUCAUGAUACAAAAAUCAGACUGUGGAUUAGACCUGCGGCAUGUAACCGUCAUCGAGCUCCUGGGCUCCCCGCCUCGAGAGACGGGUCGCAUUAAAGAAAGUCUGCUCAGCUCUGAAGUCAUCGAGGGGUUGAGACAAGUGUUCAGAAUCUCCAGAUUCUACUUCAGCAUGUUGCUGCUGGACGAGCUCGGACUGGACCGAGAACGCUUCAUCACCCCGAUGGCGUCGGAUGAGCUGUUCUCCUACAUCGAUAGCUUCCUGCUGGAUGAAGAGCAGCGAGAGAGACUGGAGCUCCACAGGGACUUCUGUGACUAAUUCAAUAAACCUUUACGGUUGCCACAGCGAUAAAAUCAGCUUUACUAAGCCACAAGAUGAGGAAGGAGGACACACAACCAGAUGCCAGGUCCAGAGGGACAUUAGGGAGGGAAAAAGAGGACAAGAGCGCAGUUCCUCAUGUUAACACUGAAGUUCUAGCACUGUUUUCACUCUCAAACAAUCCAGAAAAUAGACAUCACAGCUGCAGAGAGUAAAACACACCAUUAAAAAACAAAAACUGUUGAACCAUAGAAUUAGGUUGGAUACAUGGCGUGUAUUAGUAUUUUUGUCAAAGAGCCCUUGUUCUGAUCUGAUAUUUAAUGAGAAUAAUCACUUCAACUACUGAGGAACUCCAGUGGACAGAUUGUUUUUAAAUCCAGCUGGUAUGGACGCUCAAGCAGUCUUUGGGUUUAGGGAUUUUUUUAUUGGGUGAACAGAAUAUUCAAUAUUCAACACGACUGAUCACAGAGUUAAAUGUUAAAAAUAGACACAUUUUAUCAAUUAAAAUAAGGCUUUUCAACUAAUAUAAACACAAGUUAUUGCACAAAUUACUUGGAUAAAAUACCAGAAAUGUGGUAUAAUGCCAGGUUAAAAUAAAUUGUUUUCCUGUUUAAUUCUGUACAAUUAUAUGGAAAAAGGUGAAUCAUUACAACACUUUCUGUGCAUGCAUUAAAAAAAAAGUUGC